UUUCCGUUGGGCGGCGACCCGCUGUAUCGCAACAGGUAAACGUCGCAUUCAAACGCACGGUGGCAGCAUCGGCACAACAUAGCCAACAAUCGUCAGCGGCCGCAGUUCGUGUUCGCACUGCACUCGUAUACUAUAUCAUAGCCGCGCACACUUUCCGCCGGCGUAGCAGCAGCGGUGGCGUGCGAUAUUGUCAUCAUAUUCUUUGGUCGUCGAAUYCAUCUAACAUAAUUUUAUACCUACUUAGAUCUCCAUCAACAACUGCAUCUGCAGAGUGGUUUGUCUCGCGUCUCGUUUGCAUCUAGUCCACGGGGCUCGACAAAAUCGUUGUAAUUUUUCGAUCUAAGCACACCCACACACGUUAUCCGUGCUACUUCGAAGACCAUCGUGGGUCAUAAACGCGGGGUCACACGUUAUAACCUACUGCAACUGCUACUGCUACUACUACUUCUAUUUCUGUCACUAUUAAUAUUGCUUAGUGUAUCCUAGCUAAUACACCUACUUUUUUACAUCGAAAUGGAUCAAAAACCACAACUAGAAUCGCGACCAAACGGUAAUAUUGCAAAAAGCCAGGCAGCGACGAUCGGCGUGUCCAACGAAAACGAUAACGCUGACGAUAUUCCUGAGCCGUACAAUCUAUCUUCRCAGUCGUAUCACGGAUCCACACCGUCGCAAGCAUACAUUGGGUCCACGCCACCCCAGCCGUUCCGCAGACGAUGCGAUUCGAUGAAUACCAACGAGGAUAGCGACCAGAAUGAGUCCAAAGUGUUGGUCAUAUACACGGGUGGCACCAUCGGGAUGAUCCGGAACGACGAUAAUAUGUUGGUGCCCACACCUAGCAACGGCAACUCCACCGAUUUUCUGAUGGAGCACAAGAUGCGCCAGGAUCCCCGGUUAUACGACGCUAAGUACGCACAACACAAGUACGGAGCGUCUAUGAACUGCAGCCCUCUAGUGUUACCGAAAGUCAAGGGAUUCCGGAGGAUAGUGUACUCUGUGUACCAGUAUCCGGAGUUGUUAGACUCGAGCAACAUGUGCAUGCGCGAUUGGCGGAGCAUAGCUGAAGACAUAUGGCAAGCGUAUGAACUGUACGAUGGAUUCGUCGUGUUGCACGGCACUGAUACGUUGGCUUACACUGCGUCCGCACUGUCGUUCAUGUUCGAGAAUCUCGGCAAGACCAUUAUCAUCACGGGUGCUCAGUUGCCGGUGUUUGACUUGCGAAGCGACGGAAGCGACAACUUCGUCACCAGUUUGUUGAUGGCUGGUAACUAUUGUAUCCCUGAGGUGACGAUUCUGUUUCAUAACAAACUUUUGCGCGGCAACCGUACUGUCAAGGUGGACUGCGAGAGUUUUGCCGCGUUCGACUCACCAAAUUUAGCACCACUGGCUGUCAUCGGGAUUGACAUCAAUGUGUCGUUUAGACAGAUCUUCCGGCCGAGGUCCAUCGAAAAGUUUACAGUUCACCUACAACUCGAUGAGAACGUCAGUUUACUGCGGAUUUUCCCCAACAUUACAGCUGACACGGUCCGUACGUUUCUGCAGCCACCCAUCCGAGGUGUGGUACUUCAAACCUAUGGAGCUGGAAACUUGCCUGGCAACCGCUCCGACAUCAUGGCCGAGUUAAAGGCCGCCACCGAUCGUGGCGUCAUCGUGUUCAACUGCAGUCAGUGCUUCAAGGGAUCAGUGACGGCCGUAUACCAAACCGGGCAUGUACUGAACCAAGUUGGUGUCAUAUCGGGCAACGACAUCACUCCCGAAGCGGCACUCGCCAAACUCUCUUAUGUACUAUCUAAGGACGACUGGGACCUGAGCACCAAGCGAAUGAUGCUUGGAGCAAAUCUGAGGGGUGAGAUGAGCGGUGGACCGCCAAAACCACCACGGAAAAACCACGCGGCGGACGAGUGGGAUCUUGUAGACGCGGUGGCCCGCACUCUGUUGCACGUGAACGGAUCGCAAGAGUUGACCGCGCUCGGGGGUGUCCUGUUCCCAGCAAUGCUUGGAAACGCCGUCGCUCGUUCCGACUUGAAUAAGCUGGACGAGCUCAAAGGCUUCGGAGCUGACUUUUCUGCUCAAAACGCUGACGGUCGUACAGCCUUGCACUUGGCGUGCGCCUUGGGAGACGUCCGCAUCGUCCGAUACCUAUUGUUGAAUGGAGCCAGCGUACAUAUUAAAGACCAAUUUGACAGGACACCGCUGAUCGACGCCGUCGAAAACGACCGAAAUGACGUGGUGGCGCUUUUGCGAAGGUGUGGUGCCCAUCUAAACUCACCCGCCAAACAUGUCGGCCAACAGCUGUGCAAUGCCGCGACCAAGGGAAACUUGCAGAGACUGCGAUCUUACGCUGCCGCUGGAGCUGACCCGUCUUCAGCCAAAGACAUGUACGGCAGAACACCAUUGCACGCAGCUGCGCUCACCAACCAAACGGAAGUGGUGGAGUAUUUGUUGUCACUUCAUGCGGCUGUCUUCGCGCUCGGACACGUGGAAGCCGGGCCUCCAGCUGACCUACUGGGUAUCACUCCGGUAGACGUAGCUCGGGCGGCCGGUUACGCGAGUCUCGCCGAAAAAAUCCAGCAGCACUUCAAAAAUUGCAGCGAACGCGAACAAAAACGGUCGCGACAGCAGAAUGGUGGUGGAGCGGAGCACAAAGUGGAAGCGUAACCCAAUCUCUAUUAUUAUAAUACCUAACACGGGACUACUACUCCAUGUAAUUUACUUUUACGAUUAUUAUUAUUCCUACCACUAUAUCAUUAUUAUUUUAAUUAUAUUGUAAAAUUAUAUCGUAUAAAA